AUGGCUCGACCUAAUCUGCUUGUUCGUCUGUCAGGCCGGAAACAGGAUGGCCCUGUUGCCGUCUCUAACGGCAAUGUGAAGCCAUCGAGACAAGGAACCCUAUGGCGGCACAGGUCGCUCGCUUCACUCGGACGUAGGAUCAGCCCAGAUCCACCACCUGUGUUGUUUCCCCCGGCAGGCGACUUAGGCGUUCCCUGCGCUAUUUUCGACGAAGGCGACAGUGUCCCUUUCAACGCUUAUGAAAGAGAGGUGGAGCGCAUCCGCCAUGAGGAAUAUCCCCAUAUGAACCAUGGAACUUACCUCGACCACAGCGGUACCACUAUCUAUGCUCGCUCCACCGUGGACAGGUUCGCCCAAAAGAUGCUGUCGAGUCUUUACGGGAACCCUCACUCGGCCAACAAGCCGGCCAAGAUGUCUGGCGAUAUGGUCGACUCGAUCCGGGAAAAGGCGCUGCGCUUUCUCGGUGCCGAUCCUCGCCACUUUGACCUCAUCUUCACCGCCAAUGCCACAGCCGCUAUCAAGCUCGUAGCCGACGCCUUCCGGGAUCUAGCCGAACAGACACGCUCCGGUUCCUUCUGGUACGGCUACCAUCGCGACGCCCACACCAGCAUAGUCGGCGUCCGGGAGCUCAGCAACGGCGACCAUCACGUCUUUGAGGACGAUGCCGAAGUCGAGGAAUGGUUGGGUGGCGGCGGCGGCGGCUCCUCGGCCGUUGGUACACCGCAGCAGCGCUUCUCCAGCCUCGGCCUGUUCGCAUACCCGGGCCAGUCCAACCUCACCGGCCGGCGGCUGCCGCUCGAGUGGGCCCGCAGGCUCCGGCAGCAGCAGCGGCAGCGGCAGCACCACCACCUACAGGACACGUACAGCCUGCUCGACGCAGCUGCGCUCGCCAUGACCAGCCCCAUGGCGCGCGUCUUUGCCGACCCGGACGCGGCGCCCGACUUUGUCUGCGUCUCCUUCUACAAGAUCUUUGGCUUUCCCGACCUGGGCGGCCUGGUCGUCCGCCGCGAGUCGGGCCACAUCCUGACGCUCCGGAAGUACUUUGGCGGCGGCACAGUGUCCAUGGUCAGCGCCGUCGGGGGCGCCUGGCACAUCUCCAAGGGCUUGGAGAGCACCCGUUCAGCGGCAGCGGGGGGGCAUCAUGUUGCUUUUCCACCUGUUGCUGCUAGCAACACCACUACCGCGGCUGGGGCUGGGGCUGCGGCGCUACACGAAGGCCUCGAGGACGGCACGUUACCGUUCCACAGCAUCCUGGCCCUCGGCGAGGCGAUCGACGUGCACGCCGAGCUGUACGGCUCCAUGGAGAACAUCUCGAAGCACACCACGGCCCUGGUGAGGAGGAUGUACCGCGGCAUGAGCUCACUGAGGUAUGCCAAUGGCCAGCCCCUGUGCAAGGUUUACGAGAGCGAGCAAGACGGCGGCGCGGCGUAUGGGGACCCCAUCAGGCAGGGCGCCACUGUCGCGUUCAAUGUCUUUAGGGCCGAUGGCGGCUACGAGUCGUAUUCGACGGUCGAGAGGCUGGCUAAUGAGAAUGGGGUUUAUGUGAGGUCUGGAGGGAUUUGCAACCCUGGUGGAUUGUUUACUGCGCUGCAGUAUGAACCGUGGCAGUUGAACCGCGCAAGAUCCGCGGGACAUCACUGCGGUUCCGAUGGGUUGAGCUUGAUCAACGAGUUACCCACUGGCGUCGUGCGAGCAAGCCUCGGCGCCAUGAGCACCGUCCAGGACGUUGACAAUUUCCUGACCUUCCUGCGCAAGACGUUCCUCGAAAAGGGGGUUCGAGCCCGCACUAGCGGUUCUACCGUGGCGGAUCAGCUUGAGGGGGAGCUUGCUGUCAAAGAGCGCCAACAUGCCCCUGAAGCUGCGGUGUGCUACUCUGUGUGA